GCCAACCAGUUAUGCUUCGGCCUUAAACGUGAAUGGAUAAAAAUAUUUAUAUUGGCUUCACUUUUAAUAAAGUACAAUAUUUUUGGUUGUUGAGUGUAUAUAGUGUAAUGUGAUGGAAAAACCAGUUUUUUGACAAGUGCAAAAAUUGGUUGAAAUUAUCUCGCGCCGAUUUUGCGUACCCGAGGUACAUAACUUAAGUGAAAAAAAAUAAAAAUUGUUUUCAUAUAUAUGCGUGGCAUGUAGAUCUACAUAUACUUGUUUUAAGUGUACUCCCCAUAACUACUUGUGUCGAUAAUGCAAAUUUAUUUAGUGAAUUUAAAAUUUAUGAUGUUUUAAAUGGAGUCAGUGGAGAGCUUUUGUUCGGAAAAAUGUGAUGAUAAGACACUAAAAAUGCAGACAAUGUUAAAGAAGAAGACACUAAUACAUUCGUCUUGAAAAGAAAAGUGGAAAAGUUUUAAACAAAAUACUCUAUCUAGUAAACGAAAUUUAAAUUAAAGUGAAACAAAAUCAUUAUCUAAAAUAAAAAAAUAUUGGAAAAACGAGUCAGUGAUAUUUCAAAUAAAAUUAGAUGUUUUUUAAAAUGUGCCGAUGCUGUCAAAGUUGCUGGGAGGAUUUUUACUGGAACUGCAUAGAGGAAAAGUUCUGCUAUGACGAGUCUAUAGCAAACUACAAUCCUGAAGAAGACGAUUAUUAUACAAAAAAUAGCAACGGAUUUUUAUCGACUGACACCAAACAGGAAAACAACAAUUCACCGGUCUGUAUUCAACCUGGUAAUAGUCGCUUACAGAGAAACAUAUCGCAGAGUGCUAAAAUCCAUGAGGAUGACUAUCGUCAGAUAGCAACAAAUGGGCCCAUGCUAGCACCAGAAAUUUUGGCUGUAUUUGCCAACUCACAAAUUUUCCACGAUCACCAACCGCUAAAGAAGGCUGUAUCGCCAUCAGUGCACGGAAAAUCGCCGCUUGAAAAUGAUUCUAACAAAUUACUGAAGCGAUUGGAAGGUGAUGGAACGUCAUCUGCAAUCAAAUUCACCAUCGAAGCUCCAAGUUCAUCGAGCGGUUCGUCGUUGGGUGCAUCAAAGCAAUUCCCCUCCAUCCCGGAAGUGGAUGACGAACAAGACGAAAUCGUUCUACGACCGAGAGCAAGCGAUGACGUUCAAGUGUUCCGAUCACCGUUGCUGAACAAGCGAUUGCGAAGUGUGCAAAGUGUACCGUAUUUUUCAUUUCGGCCGGCAAGCGAAAAUGACAUAUUCACCAUAUCGGGCACGAACUCAAAUUCUAUUGGUCAGAUAAGUAUGACACCGGAAAUACCGUCGAUUUCGUAUUCAACGUUGCCAAAGAAUUACGAAGAUACUCCAACCAUUGAGAAGUAUAAGGAAUCGGUCAGUUUGUAUAGCAUUCAAACGGCGAAUAGUGUACGCGAUUCCGAAUUCGAUUUUUCUAUGCCAAGAUAUUUUGGAAAGUCUGAUAUUAUUGCACAAAGUGCUGACAAUUUAACGUCGCCGAAGAGUUCGGGUUUUCAAUCGGGAGCGCAAGCAAAACGAGUGGAGAAAAGUAAAAGAUUGAAAUUGUUAAGAACCUCGCUACCGCCAUUGACCAUACAUUUGGGGAAGAGCAACAAGGAUAAGGGCAUUGAAUAGGACUGCAAUUUAUAAGUUUUGUACAGAUUUUAUUUGAGUAAGAAGACCACUGAAGUAUUUUGCAAGUUGUACUUAACAGCAAUUUAAGUUUUUAAUUUGUGAUACAUGGAAUGAUUCUGUUUUGAAAGUUUUUUUUUUUGGUUUAAAACAAUUUGUUCUAAUUCGACGGUAAACCAUUUCACAAUUAAAAUUGAAAGUAUUGGGAUUAAAUAAAGAAAACAUUUCAAGACA